AUGGACGUCGAGAAGACUCACCUGAAUAAUCAAAACAUGAAAACAAAUUCAAGCCAGCCACGUUGCCCAGUCGUACAAAUCACAGUGGCUUAUACGAAUCCCCAUACACCAAAAACUACUAUUUCAUUGAAAUUUGGCGUUUAUUUGGAGUUUCCUGGCGGCAUUCUGACGGUGAAAGGGACCACCUAUGAAAACAUGAACCAAGUGGAAGGGCAAGAACAUCUCUUUGGCACGCUUUUGUCUGAAAACGUUAUUGGCGUUAUCCAUGAUCAUUGCAUCACAUUCUACUUGGAUAUGGACAUAGAUGGCUCCGAUAAUUCCUUUGUUAAAGUAAAUAUCAAGAGGCAAGAUACCUCUCCGGGAGAGUCACCAAGAAAAAGUAAAGCUGUCAGAAAUGUGGCUAAAACAGAGAAAGAUGCACAAGUUCAGCUUAAACUCUAUGACCCAUCUGAGUUCCAUGUGAUCAAUCCAACUAAGAAGACAAGGGUUGGGAACUCGGUUGGAUAUAAGGUAGUUCCUGGCGGUACCGCCUUUAGCUUGCUGGAUCAUGAAGAUCCACCACAGAGAAGAGGUGCAUUCACAAAUAACCAGAUAUGGGUCACUCCAUAUAACAAAAGCUAGCAAUGGGCAGGUGGAUUAUUUGUUUACCAGAGCCAGGGUGAAGACACUCUUGCAGUUUGGUCUGAUAGGGACCGAUCAAUUGAGAACAAGGAUAUUGUGCUGUGGUAUACUCUAGGCUUCCAUCACAUACCAUGCCAAGAGGACUUUCCUAUUAUGCCAACUGUUUCCUCAAGCUUUGAUUUGAAGCCAGUUAAUUUCUUCGAGAGCAACCCAAUUCUUCGGAUUCCACCCAAUGUUGAAAAGGAUUUACCUGUUUGCAAGCCUGCUGGUUCAGCAUGAAACGCUAGUUUCAGAACAAGUCUAGGACCUACAAAGC